UACACUUCCGGGGUUUCUUGUGCGUGAUUUUCACCAGCUUCACCAAAGGUGGCAAAGGUUAAAGGUAGCUGGAAGUGUUUUAAUCUCAAGUCAGAAGCUAGUUACUGGCUAGCUAUCUACCUGCAGUUAUCGAACACGUUACCAUAGUAUAAUAUAUGUAGUCCAAGUGAAUUACGCAGAGUCGUUAAACGAAAGGUUUGACAGCAAAGACAGUAGCAGCUAGAACUACUUCACAGGCUAACAUUAGGAUUCGGUCGUGGUGAUAGUUACUAAGCUAAUAUUUCGUAGCUGGUAGCUUGCUAGCUCCAGACGCUUCGCUUCGCUAGAUGCUUGUUUAAAGCAAACCAUACAAGUUGUCAAGCUAACAACUCGAGUGGAUGAGGCAAGUGAACUCUUGCAAGAUUCAUUAAAUUUGUGCGGUUUUUCGUUUAACGUAAACCGUUCCAACGAUAACGAGACACUUUCAAAGUAAGCUAUCAUACCAGCACCGUUUCCUGUUGGCUAUCCAGCCAAACGACAGGACAGGCUAACUUGAACUAGCAGCUAGCUGAUGUUUACUGAUUAACAUAGAAGCUAAGCUUGGUCGAGCGACUUUUAACCUGCAAAGAUGUUACUUCGCCUCAACAGAAAAUCGGUGGACCAGUGACUUUCACUUGCGUUAUUGAUCUUGAUUGUACAUUUUAAUGGGAGGCGAGCUGCUUAUCGGUGCAACCCGUGGGCGAUACUUGUGGAGACGAAGGAAGUGCCACUGUCCUGAAUGGAGUCGCUGGCCGGGUAUGUUUACAAAGCGGCUAGCGAGGGCAGAGUCUUGACAUUAGCCGCACUGCUGCUGAACCACUCAGAGACCGAAACGCGAUACUUACUCAACUAUGUAACUCAUCUCGCCGGCCAGCGGUCUACCCCGCUCAUUAUAGCUGCUCGCAACGGUCAUGAAAAAGUUGUGCGGUUUCUUCUGGAUCACUACAGAGUGGACACGGAACAGACGGGCACUGUAAGAUUUGAUGGAUACGUGAUUGAUGGAGCCACGGCCCUGUGGUGCGCUGCAGGGGCGGGUCACUUUGAGGUGGUUCAGCUCCUGGUGUCCCACAGUGCCAAUGUCAACCACACCACCGUCACCAACUCCACCCCGCUGCGAGCCGCCUGCUUCGAUGGACGCCUCGACAUUGUACGCUACUUGGUUGAGCACCUGGCGGACAUUAGCAUUGCUAAUAAGUACGACAAUACCUGCCUGAUGAUCGCCGCCUACAAGGGCCACUCGGACGUGGUGGACUUCCUGCUGGAGCGGGGAGCCAAUCCCAAUGCCAAGGCCCACUGUGGCGCCACCGCCCUGCACUUCGCUGCCGAGGCCGGCCACCUGGACAUCGUGAAGGCACUGGUGCAGCGACAUGCCUCCAUGGUGCUGAAUGGCCACGGCAUGACACCACUGAAGGUGGCGGCAGAGAGCUGCAAGGCGGACGUGGUGGAGCUGCUGCUGCAGCAUACGGACUGCGACGCUGAGAGCCGCAUCGAGGCGCUCGAGCUGCUCGGUGCCUCCUUUGCCAACGAUCGCGAGUACUACGACAUCCUCAAGACCUACCACUACCUGUACCUGGCCAUGCUGGAGCGCAUGCGCGACCACGAGCACCCCGUCGUCAAGUCCCAGCUGCCCCCCGUGCCGGCCUACGGCGGCCGUAGCGAGUGCCAAAGCCUGACUGAGCUGGAAGCCAUCCGGCUGGACCACGACGCGCUGCACAUGGAGGGCCUGAAGGUGCGCGAGCGCAUCCUGGGCUCUGAGAACAUCGACGUGUCGCACCCGAUCAUCUACCGCGGCGCCGUCUACGCAGACAACAUGGAGUUUGACCGCUGCAUCAAGCUGUGGCUCCACGCGCUGCACCUGCGCCAGAGAAGCAACCGCAACACGCACAAGGACCUGCUGCGUUUUGCCCAGGUGUUCUCCCAGAUGGUGCACCUGAAGGAGACGGUGCAGCCGGCCGACGUGGAGCAGGUGCUGAGCUGCAGCGUGCUGGAGAUCCAGCGGAGCAUGGCCCGCAUGGAGAGCACACCGGAGCCCGAGCUGCCCGCCGCCACCGACAACCUGGAGUCCAACAUCUUCACCUUCCUCUACCUGCUCUGCAUCUCCACGCACACGCAGUGCAGCGCGGCCCAGCGCGCCUGCAUCAACAAGCAUGUCUACCAGCUGCUGCAGUUGGACCCGCGCUCGCGAGAGGGCUCCUCGCUGCUGCACCUGGCCAUCAGCUCCAGCACGCCCGUCGACGACUUCCACACCAACGACGUGUGCAGCUUCCCCAACGCACAGGUCACCAAGCUGCUGCUCGACUGCGGAGCCCAGGUGAACGCCGUGGACAACGAGGGCAACAGCCCUCUGCACAUCAUCGUGCAGUACAACCGGCCAAUUAGCGACUUCCUGACGCUGCACGCCAUCAUCAUCAGCCUGGUGGAGUCCGGCGCCCACACGGACAUGACCAACAAGCAGAAGAAGACGCCGCUGGACAAGAGCACCACCGGCGUCUCCGAGAUCCUGCUCAAGACGCAGAUGAAGAUGAGCCUGAAGUGCCUGGCCGCUCGAGCCGUGAGGCAGCACCACAUCACCUACCGCAACCAGAUCCCACGCACGCUCGAGGAGUUUGUGGAGUUCCACUGAAACGGUGACUCUUUUAUACGAGAGCGCGUUGGCCUAGAGUUCCUCUGCCACACAGCUGACUUUUGUUUUAUAUGAGCCCAUGCUCUACUAAAUCCAGUGGUGCUGAAGAUGCUGUUUUCUGGUUCUUUUUGCCAUAUGUCUAAAAUGCACACACCUGGCUCAUGUGUGAAGGACUGCUUGUUUUAAAGGACUGAGCCAGGUGGGUCUGUGUGUGUGAGGACUGUGCCAGGUGCAUUCUCCUGUGUCUGUGUGUGUGUGUGUGUGUGUGUGUGUGUGAGAGAGAGAGAGGGCCUGUGCCGGGUGAAAUGUCUGUAGUGGCAGCUCGCUAUUCGUUCCCACCCAGGUGAAUGUGUUCUGUCUGGAAGCCAUUUGCACACUUCAUCCCGGGUUACUGGUGUGUCCUUUAACAGGUGUGUGUAUGAAAGGUGUGACCUGCCAGGUCAUGUCCCCACCAGCGCUGUCUGACCCCUGUGAGGGCUGACCUCUAGAUGGCCGCAGCAGGAGAGACCUCCACUGCACCAUCAGCCUACUCGGGCUGCUCUUAGCUUUUAACAACUGGUUUUAUGAUUAUCCUUUGGUAUAUUUGAAAUACAUACUUUGGAAUAUUUUGUUUUAAAAAAAUGUUUAUUAAAUUAUAUCAGAAAAUCAACUAUUGGACAAAAGAAAUCCAACUUGAGUUGCCAUGGAGUGCUUGCUUCGUCUGUGUGUUGAAUGCAGAGGUGCAAAAGGUCCUCUCCUCCCCUCCCCUCCCCUCCCCUCCCCUCUAAGCACUCCUCUCCUCUCUUUGGUGAUCAGGCUUGUGUGUG